AUGGCAGAAAGGGAGAAAAACAGAGUUAUCAUCGUGGGAGCAGGCGUGGGAGGCGUGAUGCUCGGGCUACUUCUCCACAAGGCCGGCAUCCCCUUUGAUAUCUACGAACGCGCAGUUACCGUCAAACCCCUCGGCUCGGCACUGAACUUCAAUGCGACAACGGCAGGGAUAUUUCGCCAAUGCGGGAUUUACGACGAGCUUGUCUCCAUGUCCAAACACACCCUUUCCAUCCAAGUCGGGAACGAGAACCGCGAGAUUGAUUUCACUAUGGACUUUCGCCGUCAGAAAGAGUUGGUGGGAUCAACAGGGUUCAUGGUGGAGCGGCAUCGAUUCUACGACUUGUUGUUACGCCAAAUCCCCAAGGAGAGGAUACACAUGAACAAGAAGAUGGUCUCGACCAUCGAGAUGGCGACAGGGAUCCGGAUAGUCUUUGAGGAUGGGUCCAUGGCGCAGGGAGAUAUCCUUGUAGGCGCCGAUGGGGCAUAUAGUACGGUCCGACAGAACUUGUAUAGUCGACUCCUGGAAGAGAAAAAGUUAUUAGCGUCGGAUGAUGUGCCGUUGCCGUAUAGUUCUGUUGCCUUGGUUGGGAGGACGCGGGCUUUGGAUCCGAGUUUGUAUCCUAACGUGAGGACGGAGGACUGUCAGUUUAUUAAUAUUUUGGGACGCGACAAGCCUUACUCGUGGGUCUUCGUGACGACGAAUGAUGGGGUAGUCUGCUGGAUGGUCAUAAAAUACCUCAGCGGACAGAUGAGCAAAGAGGUACAUGAUAGCAAGUACGAGGACUGGGGACCGGAUGCUACCAGGACCAUGUGCGAGGAGGUCAAGGAUUUCCCCAUCAUUGCCGGUGGCGACACGAAAUUGACCAUUGGAGAUUUAAUCGAGUGGUCGCCCAAGGAGUAUGUCUCCAAGGUCAUGCUGGAGGAGAAGGUGUUUGAUACCUGGUAUGAGGGACGGACUCUGAACCCUGCAGGAGGAGCUGGAGCAACAAAUGCGAUUCUGGAUGUCAUCACCCUCUCCAACUGGAUCGUAGCCCUCUCGCCCAAGGCGCCAAUUUACGAAAUCGAGGAUGCGUUUGAAGCUUACAAGACUGAGCGCCACCCGCUCGUCCUCCAGGCAGCCGCAUCCAGUCUCGUCUUCAAAACUAUGACCGAAACGACGCUGAAGGCGCGAUUGAUUCGGUUUGUGGCAAAGCACAUGCCUCAGUGGCUCAAUACCAAGAUCCUAACAAGGACACUAUCCAACAGGUCACAGGUUUCAUUCUUACCCCUCGCGGAGGACAAGGGAACGAUUCGACCGCUUUAUCAGGCCAGUUAUGUCAAGACUUUGAAGAUUCUGGAAGAGCGCCGGAAGCAGGAGGCGGAAGAGAAGGGCGCCUCUGGUGGCAUUGUUGUAGCCUAG